AUGGGUUGCUGUAUCAGCACCCCAAAAGAUGACCAAAAUGCCCCCAAAAACCAGCAAAAUGAAAAUGCUACCCAAGAAGCAAAAUGCAGAAUUCCACAACAAUUUCUUGUUGAAGAGGAAACUGUGAAAGAAGUUCUAUCUGAAACACCCAUUUCCAAACCACAACAAGUUUCAAUUUUGAAACAGGAAACAAACACCCAAAUGCAUGAUAUGAAAACUACAAAAGACUCCAUCAUGAAAGAAGCUUCUGAAGAAGUAUCCUUCUUCUCAGAAACAUGCAGCGUAGGAGAGGGCUUAUCCACCGUGCCGGAAAUGAGAGAAGAUGAAGUUACGAGUAAGCUAUGCAUCCGAGAGAGAACUCGAAACCAGAAUCGAAAUCAAUCCGAUGCAUCAAGGAAGCGUGUGGAAGGGAAUCAAAUUGGAGGGAGAGAGCGACGGCCAAAAUCUCCGGCGUUGAUGCCGGAGAGUCCGCCACAGAAAGCUGUGAUGGGUUCACUGUCGGUUCGUCGGAGGGAAUUUUCCGAUAAGAUUCGCCGUGAUGUCGGCGAGGGUCCCCACCGGCCAUCGAGGUCGCCGUCGUGUCACAGAACGAUGGGCGAUGGCACUGGCCGGAGUCAGCUCAGGCAGGUGGAAAGGGUCGGACGGAGGUUGCCGCCGCCGGGUAAGUGUGAGAGUGGAGAGAGAAACGACGGCGGUUGUAUGGAGGAGUCAUUUGUGAAUCCGCAUGUUUCUUUGGAGUGCUUUAUUUUCCUAUAG